UUUUAUUUUUGUCAAGCUCGUCUCCGACUGGCGACUUCGACAAGCUUAACCCUAAGAACUAAGAAGGACCAGGCACGGAGAAAGGAAAUUUCCCUGGAAAACGAGAAAUUUUCCCAAAAAAAGAUCGAAAUUUCAGCUCAAUUCCUCUUGAAAAGUUGGCAUAUUUCCUCGAUUUGAUAGAGAUUUGCUCCUUUUCUUACUCAAAACACCGGGCUUUGAAGCCCCGACGAUGGCGUGGAACGUGUUCAAGUUUUGCACGGCGCUUCGCGCCUUGGGUUCGAUCAUGAUCCUAGUUGUUGUCGGGAUCAUUGGGUUCACAUAUUACGCCGUUGUGGUGGUCAAUUACGGACCGGCUCUGUUGGUUGGCGGUUUUGGUUCGUUCGUCGCUGUUCUCGUUUUGGCCCUGUUCCACUUUCUGCUUGCAAUGCUUUUGUGGAGCUAUUUCUCUGUUGUUGUGACGGACCCUGGUGGUGUUCCACCAGGUUGGAGACCGGAGCUGGACAUUGAGAAGAGUGAUCCCAGUCAGCCGGGGAAUUCAGAAGCAAGCCAGUCGCUUGCAGUUGCAGAUCCCUUGUCUCAUGGUGUAAGAUACUGCCGAAAGUGCAACCAAUACAAACCGCCUCGUUGCCACCAUUGCUCAGUCUGCGGAAGAUGCAUACUGAAGAUGGAUCAUCAUUGUGUUUGGGUCGUGAAUUGUGUCGGGGCAAUGAACUACAAGUAUUUUCUCCUUUUCUUGUUUUUCACUUUUCUUGAGACAACACUGGUUGCCGUAUCAUUAUUGCAUGUCUUCCUCGUAUUCUUUACCGACGGUGAUACAGAGAUAGAUACAACUAUAUCCCCCGGAACGCUAGCCGUCACCUUUGUUGCUUUUGUCUUGAACUUGGCAUUUGCUUUAAGUAUAUUAGGCUUCCUAAUCAUGCACCUAAUGCUCGUCGCCCGCAACACCACAACUAUUGAGGCAUACGAGAAGAAGACAACUCCUAACUGGCGAUUCGAUCUGGGUCGGAAGGAAAACUUUAAACAGGUUUUUGGAACGGACAAAAGAUAUUGGUUCGUCCCGGCCUAUACGGAAGAUGAUAUGAAGAGAAUGCCGGCUCUUAGGGGUGUAGAGUUUCCAACGAGUUCUGACUCGGAGCCUCUUCACCCACUGUGAAUCCAACUCGGUCAUGAGUCAUGCAUGAUAUCUGUACCUUUAUAUUGUUGUGUUCAUAUUGUGUGUGUAUAAAAAAAAAUUGGUGUUUUUUUAUGGAACUUGAGUUUCUUUAAGAAA